GGCCUGCGGCGCGGGCGCUGAGCUGGCGGGGCGGGCCGGAGCGCGGGCGGCGGUGGCGCCGCCUCCUCCUCCUCCUCCUCCUGCUUCUUCACCCGCUGCAGAUGCACUGCAUAGGACACGAGUUGCUGUAGGAUUUUAUGGUAUUUGAACUAAGAAGCUAAGGGAAAACGAAAUUGCCUGUUAGGUUCAUUUGGGAGAGAGCUUCAUUGGAAUCCACGUUUUUCCGGUUGAUAACAAAUAUUUAUGUAAGAGGAAAAAGAUGACAAUCCGUAAAGUCAACAUCGUCAUCUUGGUCCUGGCUAUUGUCCUCUUCUUACUGGUGCUGCACCAUAACUUCCUCAGCCUGAACAGUUUGCUAAGGAAUGAGGUUUCAGAUUCAGGGAUUCUGGGACUUCAACCCAUAGACUUUGUUCCAAAUGCUCCCCGAAGUGAUGGAGACGAGAGAGAAGAGAUUCCCGUGGUCAUUGCUGCAUCUGAAGACAGGCUUGGAGGGGCCAUUGCAGCCAUAAAUAGCAUUCAGCAGAACACUCGCUCCAAUGUGAUUUUCUACAUUGUUACGCUCAAUAACACAGCAGAUCAUCUUCGGUCCUGGCUCAACAGUGGUUCCUUGAAAAACAUCAGGUACAAAAUUGUGAAUUUCGACACUGCACUCUUGGAAGGGAAAGUAAAGGAGGAUCCUGGCCAGGGGGAAUCCAUGAAACCCUUAACCUUUGCAAGGUUCUACUUGCCAAUUCUGGUUCCCAGUGCAAAGAAGGCCAUUUAUAUGGAUGAUGAUGUAAUUGUGCAAGGUGAUAUUCUUGCCCUUUACAAUACACCACUGAAGCCAGGGCAUGCAGCUGCAUUUUCAGAAGACUGUGAUUCAACGUCUGCUAAAGUUGUCAUCCGUGGAGCAGGGAAUCAGUACAACUACAUUGGCUAUCUUGACUAUAAAAAGGAAAGAAUUCGUAAGUUAUCCAUGAAAGCCAGCACCUGCUCAUUUAACCCUGGAGUUUUUGUUGCAAACAUGACAGAGUGGAAGCGACAAAACAUAACUAGCCAGCUGGAGAAAUGGAUGAGACUCAAUGCAGAAGAGGGACUGUACAGCAGAACAUUGGCUGGCAGCAUCACGACACCGCCUCUGCUCAUCGUGUUUUAUCAACAGCACUCCACUAUCGACCCUAUGUGGAAUGUCCGUCACCUUGGUUCCAGUGCUGGAAAACGAUAUUCACCCCAGUUUAUAAAGGCUGCCAAGUUACUCCACUGGAAUGGACACUUUAAGCCGUGGGGAAGAACCGCUUCAUACACUGAUGUUUGGGAAAAAUGGUAUGUUCCAGAUCCAACAGGCAAGUUCAGCUUAAUCCGAAGACAUAUGGAGAUCUCAAACAUAAAGUAAAAAAAAUUUAAACUAUAAGAAUCUCUCAGGAAAUCCCCGAAGACCAUAUGUACGUGUGGGAAGUUAACAGUUGCUAGGCUUCAGUGCGUAUCUGUAGCGACUGGUAAGAGACCGCUCAGUUGGGCAACAUAUUGGCCUGUCUGGCAGUCAGCUUGUUCCAGACAGACUGUAAAUAUGGUUCCUUCUGCCUUACCAAGUGUUUCUUACUACAGUGCUGACUGACCAGAAGAAUGGACUGAUAAAGCUGAUAGAACUAGUUUUGCCAGCUGGUACAGCUGGUUCCGAACUGCUGCUUGGUUUUAAUUUUGUAACCUGUGGCCUCAUCUGUAAAUAAAAUUUGUUUUUCACUUGAAA